UGAGAUUAUCUUGCUCGAGGAGAGAGAUGUGAUAUGUAGCAAAAUCUGCAAAACAAACAAAAAGAAGAGAAAAAAGAGAGGAGACAGAGAAAUUAAUUAGAGAGAGAGAGAGAGAGAGAGUAAUUAAGGUCAUGGCGGCGUUGCAGAGCGCGAGACAGAGAAAGAAAACUCUCUGAUCUGAUCUCUCUCACUAUUAAAUACUCCCCAUACCGACAAACCAACUUUUCUCAGUCCCAAAAGCUAUUCGAUUUCUAAAACUAGCCCUAGAACUCUACAUUCCUCCCAAUUACGUCGUCUUCUUCUCCCACUGAGAGAUAAGAUCCGAUUAUUCCUUACCAAAUCAAAUUUCUAUAUCUUUUUUUUUUCUUUCUUGUAGAUUCUACUCAGAAAGUGAAGAGACCAGAAGGUACGUGGUGGGAAUUGGGCGAGCUGAGUAAGAUGGAAAAGAGAAGCCCUUGAACAAUCUGUAAUAUAUGGCUGGUGGUGUCGGAAAAUGGCAGGCUUUUUCUCGCUAGGCAACGGCGGAGGAGACGGAGGCGGUAGCAGCCAGGACGACCACCACCACCAUAGACCCAACAACACUAACAAUAACCCUUCUCCAUCCGGCACAGAAUCUUGGCUCUGGUGCAGAAACCCUAAUUCAAACGCAAACGCAAACGCUGCUCCUCCUUUCAAAGGAACCCUUGAGCUAUGGCAACACCCAAGCAAUCAAGAAAUACUAUUCCAGCAGCAACAAAGGCUGGAUCUCUACACUUCCGCCGCAGGUUUAGGCGUUGGCCCAAGCAACCGGAGCUUGAUUGAAACCUCCGCCGGUGGAUCUGCCGCGCUGCUGAUGAUUAGAAGCGCUGGCGGCGGCGGCGGACCGAGCUGCCAGGACUGUGGGAACCAAGCUAAGAAAGAUUGCGCUCACAUGAGGUGUAGGACUUGCUGCAAGAGCCGAGGCCUUGAGUGUCCUACUCACGUGAAGAGCACGUGGGUUCCUGCCGCCAAACGCCGGGAACGCCACCAGCUGCUUGCCUCCGGUCAGCAACUGCAAGCUGAGAGCGUUCCGAAACGGCAGAGAGACCAUUUCCCUGCGAGAUCGACUUCCCUUGUCUGCACUCGUAUACCUAGUCACAACGCUUCUGGGUUAGAGGUUGGGAACUUCCCGCCGGAAGUUAGCUCUCCGGCAGUUUUCCGGUGCGUGCGUGUGAGUUCCGUGGAUGAUGGAGAAGAUGAGUACGCAUACAAGACAGCUGUGAGUAUAGGCGGUCACGUUUUCAAAGGUAUUCUCUACGAUCAAGGCACGGCCGAGAGAAGCUCCUCAGGCGGUGGAUCUCAGCCGUUGAAUCUCAUAACCGCAGGCCUAUCGGCCUCUUCGUCAAGCCCAAACAUGAGCUGCAACAAUGGAGUCGUUGGCUCAACAUCUGAUCAUUACGUUGAUCCUGCCUCGCUUAAUUAUCCUACUUCGAUCAGCAGUUUCAUGACUGGUACGCACUUCUUCUCCAACACAAGAUCUUGAAUUCCUCACGGAUCAUACCAAUGUAGAUUCUUAGAGUAGAAUUGACUGUGUGUGGUGGAAGAGAUUAUAUAACGUUAAUCUUUGUUGUUAAGAGUAAUGAACCUCCCAAUCCAGGGAUAAUGUUCCUAUUACAAAUUUAAUUGUUACCUGAUAUUUUAUUAUUAAGUUCAUUUCUGUUAUAAAAGGAAAGCUCUCUGAUUCUCUAAUAUUUGCGUAAAUUUAAGUUUUAUUAUGUUUUACCUGUAUUGUAUUGUCUGUAAACACGA